CAAAUCUUACAAUAGUGGUAAUGGCGGUGUAGCAUAAUAUUUGAAGCGCAGUGCUACUUCCUAGUCAACGCCUACAACUUGCUGUUAUAACAGAACGCUCAUUCCCUCCUACUAUACGCGUUAUCGAGUGAAUAAGUUGUGCGUACAGUCGUAGCUGUAUCAAAUGCUGCAGUAAUCCUGAGGUUGUCUCUGGUGCGCACUGGGAAAAGUGCACGUUCACAAUGAGUUUUGCAGGUAGCACCUCUAGCACCUCGCAGGACACGAUUCCUAAGUUCAAAUCGUUUGUAUCUGAAAGCGAACUUCAAGAAAUACGCAGGAAAAGGCAAGAAGAAUGGGAAAAAGUCAGAAAGGCGGAUGAUCCUGUUGAGGCACCUGAAGAAGAAUAUGACCCUCGAUCAUUGUUUGAAAGACUAGAAGAGCAGAGGCUGAAGAAGCAAGCAGACUAUGAAGAAGCACACAAGCUCAAGAACAUGAUUCGAGGCCUGGAUGAUGACGAGGUCACAUUCCUCGAAUAUGUCGAUAUGCGGAAGCAAGAGAUUGAAUCGCAACGAAUGAAAGAAGACAUGCAAGAGAUUGAGGAAUAUAGGAAAGCUGUUGCCACACUAUCUGAAGAGGCGUUGGAAGCAAAAAGGCUAGAAAUAAAAAAAGGUACUGCAGCUGCUACCACACCUGGUCAAGGAAAGAAAAGCCAGCUGUCUCUGCUGUCAGGUGCUGUGAAGCGGAAGUGUGCAGACUCAACUGAUGUGGAAAAGAAGCAGCGCACAAACAGUUCUGGUGACGGUGACGAAGAACGGAGCCAGUCGCCUGACGAACGAGUGCGAAUGCAAGCUCCAGUGACUGCACUCCGUUGUCUUGGCGUCCUCCCUGGCCUCGGUGUAUACACAGACAGCAGUGAUUCGGAGAACUCAUCAUUCAGUGACGAAGCUGACUUAGAGCUGGACCUUGUGGGGCGGAGACGCCAGGCACCCAUACAUCAGGCUGACCGCUCCCCGAAACCCAACUAGGCCCUGCUUGUUCCAUUCCACUGUGCUGCCGUAUUCGCCAGGAAUGAGCCGAAGUGCAGGACUCUGUGUGAACAUGUGCAGUUUUUAGUGUCAGAUCUGCAGUUACACAUGCACUAACAUCGGUUAUGUGGAUGAUAGGAUGCCGUUAUAAUGAAUUGACCUCAUGGAAUGCAGUGGCAGCUACCUGCUGCAUCAGCUCAGAGGGAAAAUAGGAAAAGAAAUAAGAGCACUGCUCUGUUGGGUGUUUCAGAAGGUUAUAAGGGGAUUAAUAUCAACUCAAGGAUGCAACAUGAAAGUUAAAAAGGUGCUACUCAUCCAUUCUGGUUUAUAGUGUGAUUAAAAAAUAAGGUAAAUUUCCAUCAGUACCAAUAAUAAUAGCAUUCACAGUUGAGAUAUUUUUAUCCACGGUUAUAGUCGUGUUGCUAAGAAAAGGGCAAUGCUUGUAAUGUUUCCUGUAUUUGCCUCAAAUGUGCAAGAGCUGUGUCAAGUCUCUUGCGCAUGCUAAGAACUGGUACAAUGGGUGGUAGCUGUCAAGGCAAAUCGUACCACAUUUGCCGCAACAAGUACACUGAUGUGGGCUUUGCCCAUUUCAGCAACUACAGUACGAACUGUCCAUGAGGUUUCAAGCCAAAUAUGUUGACUGCGGAGAAAUGGUUCUAUGCAUGCUUGAUGCUGACAGUUUUGACAUGCUUGGCACUCUCAUCAUCGAUAUGCUUACUGUCACUGCUGUAUAGUGCUUUUCCUGUGACUGUGCUAACCAGGUAUUCAUAAUAUUGCCAGCUAGUAUGAUUGUGGCACGAGGUAUGCCAAGUGCUUUUAUUUCGUCACCUCAGCAUGUGGGCAAAUGUUGAAGGGAGUGCUGUUUUGGAAAAUGUAGCAAGGGGCAGUGUCAUGCCUAAUAACUUUUUUGCUGGUAUUUUGACUGCACUGAGUGGUCCUUCAACAUUUUGCAAGAGUGUGACCAAGGAAGUUUAAAAAAACAUUGCUGGAGUGGCAGCCCCCACUGGUUCUUACUAGCACAGGUGAAGCCAGAGUUUGUCUAUAAUUCUUUGAAGAAAGGCCGCAACAGUUGAAAUCCGCUCGUAGCUCACUUGCUUUUGGUCACUUGUAAAUGCUAGGCUAAUUGGAAAAUAAAAGCUCAGAGUUUUGGGCUAAAAAAUAUUACUUUUGGCUGCGUACUAAUACAUGAUGUGCUACAAAAUUUGUGAACAGAGUUUAGGUUCCUUUUUUUUUUCAAACCAGUAACAGAAAAAAAGAUGCCGAACAAUAUGUGUAUGGCAAAAUUAACCAUCUUAGAUAGCAUGGGGUGGGAAGAAAGUGUUUUGUAUAUUUUCCGCUAUUUGCUAACAUUGCCUCGUGCCCAGUUAGGGUGGUGACGGUCAGGCUUCACAUUGGAGACGUCAUCUCCACUCCAGCAAUUUUUUUAAAACCUUGAGUUUGACUAAGAGCGCUCUUGUUCUUGUUUUAGUUUUACCAGAAAUGGUAGGUAUUAACUGAUGCAAGUUGGAAAGCUUCAUGCAAGUUUCAAACAUUUUAAUUAGUGUGUCAGGUGUUGUGCAAGUAAUUUAUCACAUUUCAGAUCUAGAAAAUUGUUGACACAAUUUCGCAAAGGACACAUAAAAGUGAAGCACCAUU